ACCUUUUGGUGCUUGGACAACAACAACCGUGGCUUCGUCUCGCAUCAAAGUCAAAGUGCUUGUGGCCAGAAAACCUCCUUUGUUUCGUUUUUACACCCAUCGGGACGGAGAGGAAUUCAUUCUAUGUGAGAUGAAGAGUCUCUGGACGCUGACCUCAAUGCACACAUGACAUCAUUCAGCCACUUACAACACGUGCAUUUCAACCAUAGAGAAGAUCCAUUUCAACACCAGUUCCUCCAUCAGUCCGAUCCACAGGAUCAGGUUCUGAUGGUGGUUGUGUAGACCUGCAGAGCAGACCUCAGAGGCAAGAGAGAGAUCAAUAAUAUCACAUAUCAGUCCAUCAGGUGAUUCCUGGAGGCACACGAGUCUCCAUCUGUCAAGUAUCAGAGGGGCUUCUACAGGCAUUGAUACGUGAAGACGUCACUGAAAGGCUCUGACGUCAUCGUCAACGAGCCUCACGGCGAGCUUUACUCUGAAGGGCGCAGGCGGAAACAGCGGUCCUGCGGUCAGUGAGCUUCCGGUGCAGAGAUGGUCGGACGGGAGCGAGUUGUCCAGCUGCUCCGGCAGAUCGAGCGAGCGGCGUGCCGAUGUCCCGCCCACUCCAACUCCUUUCACCCAGGUGUCGGCGCCGCAACCUGCAUCGUCCGGAAGACCGACUACGCCUUCGAGAUGGCGAGUUCCAACAUCAGAUACGGAGAAGGAGUCAGCAGAGAGAUUGGCAUGGACCUGCAGAACCUUGGGGCUCGGAACGUCUGUCUGAUGACGGACAAGAACUUGUCCCGCCUCCCGCCUGUGCAGGACGUCCUGGAGUCUCUAUCCUCACACGGAGUCAAGUUCAAAGUCUACGACAGCGUCCGGGUGGAGCCCACCGACACCAGCUUCAAAGACGCCAUCGAGUUUGCAAAGUGUGACUCGUUUGACGUGUUCGUAGCGGUGGGCGGGGGCUCCGUGAUUGACACCUGCAAAGCAGCCAAUCUGUUCGUGUGUCACCCGGACGCCGACUUCCUGGAUUUCGUCAACGCGCCGAUCGGAAAAGGGAAGCCGGUCACCGGCGCCCUGAAGCCGCUCAUCGCAGUUCCCACGACGGCCGGCACUGGCAGCGAGACCACCGGCGUCGCCAUCUUCGACUACGAGCCUCUGAAAGCCAAAACCGGUAUCGCCAGCAGAGCCCUCCGACCCACGCUGGGCAUCGUGGACCCGCUGCACACGCUCAGCAUGCCCGAGAGGGUCGCCGCCAACAGCGGCUUCGACGUGCUCUGUCACGCCCUGGAGUCGUACACUGCCCUCCCCUACAACCAGAGGAGCCCCUGCCCCCCCAACCCCAUGAACCGCCCCGCCUACCAGGGCAGCAACCCCAUCAGCGACGUCUGGUCCCGCCACGCGCUCCACCUGGUCGCCCAGUACAUGAAGCGAUCGGUGCGAGACCCCGAGGACCUGGAGGCCCGUUCCAGCAUGCACCUGGCCAGCGUGUUUGCUGGCAUCGGCUUUGGGAACGCAGGAGUUCACCUGUGUCACGGGAUGUCGUAUCCAAUCGCUGGCAACGUAAAGACUCACUUAGCGAAGGGUUACAGCGUGGAGCACCCUCUGGUGCCUCAUGGUCUCUCUGUGGUCCUCACGGCUCCGGCUGUCUUCAACUUCACGGCUCCAAUGUGUCCAGAGCGCCACCUGGAGGCUGCAGAGAUUCUGGGCGCAGACAUCCGGCAAGUGAAGCAGGAGGAUGCGGGCGCCAUCCUGGCCGACACGCUACGUCACUUCAUGUAUGACCUGCAGGUGGAGAACGGACUGGGAGCUGUGGGAUACAGCAGAGAGGACGUCCCGGCACUGGUGAAGGGAACCAUCCCUCAGGAGCGAGUGACCAAACUGUGCCCCAGAGCUCACAGUGAGGACGACCUCAGCCAGCUGUUUGAGGCCUCCAUGAAGCUCUACUGAUCUCCGGUCUGCAGCUCAUCUGCGUCCACGAGGGGUCACUUCAAGGUCGAUGAGGAAUUAAUUCACACGUCAACGUGAAUAAAAACCAUUCCUCAGA